CGUUUCUCAUUUGACAUUUUUCAAUAUAGCAAACAAUAUAGCCACUAGGCUAGACUCCGGAGUGUGGGAACGGAGUCGGAAUCGGAAGGAUAUGGUCAUCUUCACAUACUUUUGUUACUGGAUUACUAGAUCUUCGGGGGAUAUUCCGCGCUUAGGUUACCGUUGGAAGUGCUUACCUAAUUACGUUGCAUCUAGCGUAACGUCUUCAGCAUGUCUCCAUUCUGGACACUUAUUUGUCGCAUAGGUGAGGCUAUACUACUCGUAAGUAGUAGGGAUGAGUAUAUCUGCACCUGCGAUUAUUUACCUGAAAGAGCAAGCGCCAGCCAUGGAUAUUUAUUACUGGUCAAUACAGUCUAUCUGCCACUCACAGGGCGGGAAACAACAAGGCUGCAUUUUCCUGGUGUGGUAAAAUCAAUCCACCCGACCAUUUACUACGAAGAUCUUCCCAACGUUGCCGAUGAUUACCUCGAAGGUGCAUCCUUCCCACACCAUAAACCUUCCCAUGUCUGCCCAGAAAGCUUCUAUAAUCUUUUUGUCCAAUACAAACUCGAUGAAACCGGAAGAAAAGAGGGGUGGCGGCCAAUGGACAGGGACAAGAACCAGAUACGUGCCGUGUCUAGCUAGUGAUGAUACCAUCUGCGGCUACCACUCGUUUUGUGACCUCCCUUGGCUUUACUGUGGGCGCUUGUCGCCACUUGUUACUCAUUGCCAAUGGAGAGUUUAGGACGGCAGUGCUACUUGCUACGAGUGUGUGAGGGACAACCGCGGAUAUGACUCUCU